AUGACUGACGUCGCAGACGGAGUAUCACUACUAGCCUAUGUCACUGGCACUGUCCCUACUCCCGCUGAGACUGCUCCUGCCCCUGAACGAGCACAGUGGGAGCUCCGCGACGCAGUCGCGCGCCUUGUUAUUCGCAAUCACCUACCGAUCUCUGAGCGCGCGCAUUUCAACCAGCUUAAGACUGCUAAGACGCUGUAUGAUGCUGUCGUUGCCCGCUAUUCCGCCCCGGCCACAGCCACCGUUGGUAGUCUCAUCCUGCCUUACCUGUUCCCAGACUUAGCCUCGUUUCACACUGCUGCCGACCUUAUCACUCACCUCCGCGCUAGUGACGCCCGCUUUCGAGCCGCUCUUACCGACGAGUUCCUCGCCACGAACACCCCCCCGCUGUACUUCACCCUCUACAUCCUCGUCACCCGCCUCCCUGACACUCUUCGCUCUGUCAGGGAUCACUUCCUUGCCAAGGAUCCUCCAACUAUCACUCUGGACGACUUCGAGCAGCAGCUGGUCGCAGCAGAGAAGAACAUCCUCGCUGUCGGUGCUGCUCGUGGCACUCCCCGCACUCCCCUCUUUGAGGGGUCGCAGCGGCUUCCGCUCCUGGUGGGAAGCGUGGUGGUGGCAGGGGCGGCAAGGGUGGCAGGGGUGGCGGAGGUGGCGGUGGAGGGAGCGGUGGUGGAGGCGGCGGGGGUGGUGGAGGUGGUGGGGGUGGACGUGGGGGUGGAGGCGGUGGGUGGGGUGGCGGCAGGACCGGGGGCGGUGGAGGCGGCGGCGGCGGCGGCGGUGGUGGGGGAGGAGGCAGCGGCAGUGGCGGUGGAGGUGGGAGUGGGGGUGGAUCUGGCCAGAAGGGUGGCCCCACUGGCUUAG